AUGGUAAGACUUGAUAUUUCGGAACCUGGCAAGGUUCUGGCUUGUGUGGAGGCACAAUCUUCUUUAUUGGAGCAGAUUAGGAGCCGACAGUUCGAUAAUGCGAAGUUGUGUAAGAUUCAGGACAAAGUGUUACAAGGAAAGACCAAGGAGAAGAUUCUAGAUGAUGAGGGGCUACCACGGCCUUUGGGAAAAUUUAAUGCCAUUUGGGUUACUUUGGACCGUUUGACCAAAUCUGCUCACUUCAUACCGGUUCAGACUACUUACAAUUUAGAGAAGCUGGCCAAGAUCUACAUCAAGGAGAUAGUUUGUUUGCAUGGGUUCCUAUCCUUAACGGAGUUUGCUUACAACAACAGUUACCAUUUGAGCAUUGAGAUAGCCCCGUUUGAGGCUUUGUAUGAUAUGAGGUGUCGUUCGUUUAUUGGUUGGUUUGAUGCAUUUGAGGUUAGGCCUUGGGGUACAAAUUUGCUACGAGAUUCCUUGGAUAAGGUCAAGUUGAUUCAGGAGAGGCUCCUCACAGCUCAGAGUAGACCGAAGAGUUAUACAGAUUGA